CUACAGUUAGCGUAUCAGUGCAAUGGUUUAGAGGUGAAAUAUGGACGUCGGUAAGGACGCUGCGGUUGCUAAGACGAAAGGCACGGAAGGAAAAGUCGUGGACAUAUAUCGCGAUACCCCUGUGAGACUUCUUGGCUAUGCAAAUGAAGUUGGAGAAUCUUUUCGUGCCAUAGUUCAUGUGAAUGUUGUACGAGCUAGCUAUGUUGUAUCCUUUGGUUAUGUAUUGGCUGACACUGCUGAUAAAGUAAAGAAAACAGAUAAGCUUUUGGAGAAAGUUGAUUCAUCUAGGAAAAGGAAAUUAAUAACUUCAGCUAUUGAUACGCUAAUAUGGCAGACUCUAGCAUCAGUAGCAAUACCAGGCUUUACAGUCAAUCGAAUUUGUGCUGCUUCAUUAUAUUUAUUAACAAAGCACAGCAAAUUGCCUUCAACUACAAGAAAGUGGACAACUGUUGGAAUUGGCUUAGGAUGUAUUCCAUUCAUAGUCAAGCCAAUUGAUCAUUUAGUUGAUAGACUUAUGAAUAAUUCUCUCAGAAAAUGGGUUUGAUAGUGUAUGUUUAAUUUUUUUAACAAAGUAUAAUUUGAAGCUUAUGUAGAAAUGUAAUUAAUAUAUUUUUGCAUUUUGUUAUAGUGUUCUAUCUCUCUUGUUCUUUUUUUUUUUUUUUUUUUUUUAAAUUCUGUAGAAUUAUGUAUGAAAAUCUUAUUUGGAUCUCAAGCUUUUAUUAGGAUUUUUAAGUUAUUUGAAAGCUUCUGCUAUUUUGGAAAAAUGCUCAUAAAUAGUUUGUAAAUAUUUUUGUCAGUUUUAUAUUUAUGAAAACUGAAUUAGUUUUUUUAUUUGCUAAUAUGUUUCUCAUGUGAACUUUUUUGCCUUAAAAUACGUUGCAACGAUGAUAACAGAAUGUGUUUAUAUUAUUUGAAAUUUACAUAGAGGAACCAAAUCUCUCUCUCUCCCCCCUCCAAAUUUAUCUAAUUUGGUGCAUUAGAAUCUGUAUUAAUUCUUUUUGUUUACAAAGUCAUAAAUCUCCUCAGAAAUUGAAUUCUGUUCAAUUGCUAAUAUGAAAAAUAAUUACCGAAACAGUGAUUUAUAUUUUGUAUGAGUGAAAUUUAAACUCAUCAUGAUAUGUUUCAUAUAGCUAUCUUGUACUGAGAAUAGUAAGUUACCAGUAUCCGAAACAACAGGAUGUUGCAGUAGCAUCCACUGUGUGAUACUGGGUAGAAACCUACUGCUGCUUAGAACUCAACAUUUCAUUAAGAAUUGCAUAAAAUAAAUAUUCAUUUAUUAAUGUUUGAAGAUGUAGUAGAGCUAUAUAUGUGCACAAAAAAUGGUAAUUAAAUGCUUUUUAAUUUAUUAUUUCUGGAAGGUUUACAGUUCUUGAAAGAGAAUAAUAUUUUUAUGAAGUUUUCAAUGCAGAUCUCUUUGAAAUGUAUUUUUUGUCUAUUGCAGUUUCCACCAUUUAUAGUAUUGUCAUUUUUAAAAGCAUCUUUAAUAUAUUGAUAAUAGCUUUAUUAUAUUUAACAGAAUAUCAACGAUUUUUUUGUAUUAAUAACUGUUUAGGAUUGUCAGUGUUUGACUUUUACAUGUGACCAGUUACUUACUGUGAAGUCGGUUAAAAAUACAUGCUUAUUUAAAUAUGUAAUUCAGUUUCACAUGGCUUUUUUCAUGAAAUCUGUGAACUUAAAAUAACAAGUAAAACAUGAAAUGAAAGGAAAUCUGAUUAAUGGGUGUCUUUGGAUACAUGUAUAAUUCAAAGCCUAAUAAUUAAAUUCUUGUUGUACUCACUGGAUUCAAGAUCUGAUUACCACUCAAACUCAUAUCUAGGAUACCAGAUUUUAAGGAACCUUAAAAUCAUGUAAGUUUUCAUAAUUCUGGUUCAAAGUUUGACAUUGAGAGUCCUUGAAAGAAUUAUAUGCCUAGGAUUGCAAACAUUCUUAAUCAGAUCCUCCUGGCUGUACAAUUUUCUUUGAUUUUUAUCUUCACAAUUUGCAAUUGUAAAGAUAAAAUCAGGAAUGUUAGCAGCCCAAACCAUCUUCAGUAGAAUCCUGAAGGAAACAUAUGGCUUAUGCUACAGUAACCUAAUAGGCUAAGAUUUUGAAUAUGAAAUCAUGUCUAUUUUAAAUAAUUCAUUUCAAGUUUAAGAUCAUUUUUAAGAAAACACAAUAUUUUUAUUCAAAAAUUUUAGAAGUUAAAAAACUUGUGUAUUUCCAUUUUCACUCAAUAUGUACCUAAUUUUUCUGAAUAGGUGAAAAUUUAUAUUGUAUACUGUUAAUAUGUUGUAUAGGUGAGUAAGAAAUUAUUCAAAUCUGAAAUUAGUUCAAUCAUUUUCAGUAAUCUUAUAUUUCAUAAUAAAUAUAUUAUUUGAAUGCAAAUUUUGUGCCAAAUGUUGAGCAGAAAAAUGUUAGGCUGGAGCAUUAAGCAUAAAUGGGUUAAGCAUCUUUUAAAAUAUUCUUUGAUUAAUGGCAUUUUUUAAAGAUGAAUGAAAUUUUUCUCCAUUAAAGCAAAUAUAAAUUAUUCUUUAAAACUGGCUUUAAAUUAAGUUGGAGUAUGACUUCAUUCUUUUGCAUUCUAAAAACUGUGACACAUUUGUUAUUAACUAUGAGUGUUCAAUUUAUAUGUAGGAAAGUAUGUUGCUAAAUCUUAAACAAUUACAGAGCAAAGAAUUAUAUAAUGUAUAUGUAAUACAAAAUACAAUAUGUAUGAAUGAACCACUGCAUAAUACUUCAGGCAUUUGCAAAUUAGCUGAGUUCAUGAAAUGAUUUGUCUUCCUAUAUGUACUUGUCUUUUUACUAACAAAAGCACUUUUUAUGUAAAGGCACAAUUUUGUAUUUUCUUCUCAAGUAUGAAUAAUUCUAUAUAACUAUUAUCAUAUUUGUGGUAUCUAUUUUAAUAUUUCUGUAUUUUUUAUAUAAUGAAUGUGCAAUUCAAUUUAUCAUAAAAUAUAAUAAAAUGCAAUACAAUAGAUUACAUAUACUUGCUAAAUGAAUGAAUGAUACAUUAACACUUCCUUUUGUCUGAGUCCAAAAGAAUAGUAUAUUUGAACAUUUCCAUUCUAAUGAUUAAAUAAAUCAUUCUUCUUAUUUAUCAACUGUAAACUUCCUUUUUAGAUUUAAAAUAUGUGAAUGGUCAGAACUUCUGCUGAGAAGCAUAUUGUAUCAUACAUUCAUAUACUCUAAUAGUUUUUUAGGUUUAACUUUUUUGUGAAAUUAGAUUUAGUAAAUUCUUUUUACUGUUAAUUUUAAAACUAUAAAAACCUUGCAGAUAAUAUUCUUCCUCUAUAUCUUUUAUUUUCAUUACACAGUCCCUGGAAGGGAGUCUGUGCUAUUGGGCAAGGUAUUUUGUAUAAUCAUCUCUUUUUAUUGCUGAUAGUGAUGUAUUUUGAAAAUAGCUUUUUCUUUUUAAAAUUUGAUAUGAUGACUGGGAACAUUACUAAUCAGACAUUGCUUAUUAAAUUUCUUGUUAUUUAUGUUCCUUAUUUGCAUUCUAAUUUUCUUUUAAUUUUCUGGUUGUUACAGCAGGCAUGCUUAAGAUAUUUUAUUAGAAAGGAAAGUGGAAUAUAUAGCUUUUCUUUCAAAAGAAAAAUUUCAGUCUGGUUUUUUUGCAUAUAUUAAAUGCUUAGAAGAUAUUUGGAGUACACUUAACUUUUAUUAUGACAGAAUAUUUUGACCAAAAAUUAUCUGCAAUUAUCUAGAUGUGUAUAUAUGGUCACUUUACUUAACCUGUUCCGCCAAACUAAGUUAAUGGCACUACAGGCUUAGGAAGUUAUCCUAGUCAUUGAUAGCAAUCUGACGGUUAAGCCACCUUUCUAUAUUUUAAAUUAAUUAGUUUCUUUGAUAUAAUUAUUUUCAUUCACAUGCUUCAUUAUCUCUAAGAUGCCCUUGUUACAGUAAUAGUCCGUGAACAGU